GAUCGAUCAGUCGUGAGUCCUCUUGGCUGUGAAUCUUGAAUCCACGACGGUAGCUUUGAUGACCACCUCCCAGCGUAGACACUCGGCAUUCCCAGAUUUGAGGUCUCCAUUACGACUCUCCUUGCAAGCUGCAUUUUCCAUCCAGCCUGUUCUCGACCGAGCGUCUCUGCGAAUCUGAGCAGCACUCGCCACGCCCUUCGACGACUUUGAAGCCGGGGUCGUGGUCAUGUGGAUGCUGACCAAGGCACUGUGAAGUAUCAGCCCGGCAAGAUGGAGCCCUUUGUAGCUUCUUACGACGCAGCACACUUGAGCACGCCUCAGCUGUUCUGGUCCGAGCUCGAUGAGAUUUUGUAUGCGGAUCUCGAAGCGCCCGUUGCCAGCAGCAGUAAGACGCAAUACCCUGCCAGGAUAUCCAAGAGCCAAGUGCCUAAAGUCAUAUCUGGCUUUCUGAGGCUAGCGGAUGCCUGCUAUGGCCGAUACCUCGAGCAGACUUACAACCUAGAUCACGCGAUCGCGCGACUCUUUGACAGCCCUGCUUUCUCUGAUCACCACGAAUAUGCAGCGGAGUUGGUCGUCAAUCUCGUUCGAAAUGCGCGGACCAUCCCGUCUCUUCUCAUCGGAUACGAGGUGAUCCUACAAUACGGACAGUCCGAACCCAUCAUUUUCAAGCACCUUCAAGGGAGCGCCCGUGAUCUACUUCCAAGGUUAAAGCAUCAGAUCUGGGCUGGACAUUACGCUGCGCAGGCCGAUCAGAGCCUGACAUCGAGGCUCACGGCGAAUGACGGCGUCAUGCAAGACCACGACGCGGGCUGGAGUGGGGCGAGCUGGGACAAAUCUGAUAGCGAUCGCUACGAGACUGAGUAUACAUUGCCGAACGCUAGGCUCAAUAAUGCCAACGACAGCGCAACCAGCUGGCGACGGUGGCAGCUGGAGCUGCGGAGAAAAGCCGUGAGACUGCUUUACGAAGUCUGUAGAGUGCAAAAACUGGAUCAUAGAGAUAUGAGAGCUAUCGAUGCCAAACUAGUGGAUCAUCUGUUCGAUUUGGUGGAGGACACUCGACUGCAUGCGGACGAGGAAUUCAAUUAUCUGCUCAUCAAAGUCAUCGUCGCAUUGAAUGAGCAGUUCAUGGUUUCGGCCCUUGCAUUAGCACCAGCAGCUACUCAAGACGAAAAGGCUUCGCAGGAUACACCGCAAAGGUCCGGCAAUCUCAUCAUAUCCAUCUUGAAAGAGCGCUUCAACCACUCGAAGACGUUCGGAGAGAAUCUCAUCUUCAUGCUCAAUCGCGCCUCUAGCUCAGAUGCAGAGGAUCUAUGCAUGCAGCUGCUCGUUCUGAAGCUGCUGUAUCUGCUCUUCACCAUGCAAGAGACGGCGCACUACUUCUACACUAAUGAUCUCAAGGUUCUUGUUGAUAUCUUCAUCCGAGAGCUUUCAGACCUUCCCGAUGAAAGCGAAUCGCUUCGACAUACAUAUUUAAGGGUGCUGCAUCCUCUGCUCACUUGCACACAACUACUGUCGCACCCGUACAAGCGAACGGAGAUCCGACGCCUUUUACUGGGCUUGAUCUCACAUGCGCACUUGAGAGACAUCACACCGACCACAAGUCGCCUAGUGGCUCGCUGUCUGCAGGCUGAAUGGUGCGUCGAGCUCGACGCGCUGGACCCCUCGAAUGCAGCCGCCAUCAAGCAAUUGGUUCGACGACACGACUCCAGCAGCUCGAUGACGGAGGAAAUGGCCGAUGCAGGCGUGGCGAUCGCUUCCGUACAAUCCAUAGCUGGAGGGCCCGCAUCGAAAGUGCUGGUAGAGACUACCAUCGAGAAUGGCAGGCCAGUAAUUGCGCCCGACGCUUCCGCUCCAAUAUCGACCGGAGCUGAUGCAAUGGCGAUUGCUGUAGCAGUCGAGGACAGGGGCAUCUAUCCGAGCCUGACAGGCUCAGCUGGUCGGAACCUUGAAGAGAGCUCUCUCUCCGCCAGCGCUGACGUCAAAGCAAAUAGCUCUGGCGGCGAACGGGUAAGCUCGGUAUCCCAGCACAUCGAAGUGACGCCCCGGAACGGGACGGUGCCUUCCUUCCCUCAAACGACUAUUACCCGCGAUUCUGCCUCAGGCGUAGUCGCCAGCGCCAGCGAGACUGACGCUGCGAUGCAGUCGUCUUGGCAUGCGCAGGCGCUGCCUUCAAUCUCACUGCUAUCAGAGCACUCGGAAGCCUCGGCGCCCAGGACUUCUUCGCGAGGACCGGGUCCACCAAGACCACCCAAGCCUCGUGGCGCUUCGUCACAAGCGACAGCUGUUGAGAGUACAGCAUCCUCAACUGAUUUCCCAGUCAACGUUGAAGACGGUACUGGCAAUCCGACGCAUGAGGAUGACCUGAAGCCCAACGCGCCCAAGCCGUCGCGGGACAAUGCUCUCAGCGCGAGUAGUGUCGAUGGUCUCCCCGACACUGCCGAUGGUCUCGUGUACAGCUUUCCGUUGGUCAGAGUGCAGACCUCCGAACCAUCAACGGAGGCGAGGCAGACACAGUCCGAGAUGUUACCUUUCCGCCCGCCAUCGCUCCACGUUCAGCACGCUUCAGGUGAAGGUGAUGUCGAUGAAGACAGCACACUUCGGACAACGACCCUUUCCGACCUGUCCUCGAGAGAUAGAAUGCGUAGCUCUUCGAACGCGGCAAGCGGAAGCUCCACGCCUCAAAGACGGAAGCCGCCGGCUCCGCCACGCGGAACAAAUGGUGUUGCUUAUCUGGGAGUUGGCAUGGGCAGACCAAGAAGAGGCUCUAUGCCUAAUUCCCCUAUUCAAAGCAGAAGCGAGCUCGCACCAAGCGAUUAUUUGCAACCCUCAGAUCCUGCAUCGCAGACAUUUGCACCCUUAAGCUCUGAUGCUGCAGAGGCGCGCCAACCUGAUUCAGCGCCUGCCAUCUCCCUCCCUCGGUCAUUCAUGCGGGAAAGGGAUCACAUACCGCGUGCCUCAUCCUUCGCAGACUUAAGCGCACGGGCACGCGAGCAGCCGCCUCCUGCUGGUAUGGACGAGGCUGCAGAAGGAGCUCGAAGCUCGUCGAGCAACGGCCUUUACCCGUCCAGCAAAGUCCGUCGAAGACCGCCGCCACCGCCUUCUUCUGCGAGUAGCAGCAACAGCCCAAAGCUGAUGGCUGUCUCAGGCUCUUAUCCUUUGGCCAAGACUUCGGAGACGACCGCUUCUUCUCACUUGAAGCCUAAACCUCCGCCCAUCAACCGAGCGACGAAGGGAACUGCCUCGCCUAGACCCGCCACACCUUUGGUGGAUGACCAAUCGCGCGACAAAUCUCGUGAUGACUCGGACCGGAAUACGUCUACCGGGCAGCUUUCUGGAAGACUUGAACAGCUCAGAUGCGCUCAUUGAAGUCUUGAUUGAUGAAGCACUGCCUCGUGUUCCCUAUACCGCGCGGCUUGCCUGGCGCUUGCAAUGCAACACAUCUCUCUCUUCU